AGGCUAGGGUGCCUGUUGGAGCCAUUUUUGGAGGUCAACAGGUUCGUUCAAGUUCUACUAAACUUAACAAAAGCAGCCAAUGUUCGCUUUACCUUCCAUCAAUAAAGGGCAAGAAAGAACGAAACUAAGGGUUGCUUUGGAAGACAUAAUUGCGGCCUAACCGUGGGGCUCAUUGCCAUGAAUGCAAUGAGGCAAUAUAGAUAGCUAUUAAACACCAACUUAAAAUCAUAAUACAUCACUAUAAAUUGGUGGAAUGUUCCUAUCAAACAUUUAAAUUCAUUACCUUAUUUAUUUAUGUUGCACAAUAAAUAUAUAUCGCAUAUCUAUCUCUAUAUAAACAUAUUCACACACUAAAUCUUAUGUUCUCUACUCAAAACACACACACACUCCUUAUUUUUCUUUAGUGAACUAGUUCUUCUUGAAUCCCACCCCACCCCACUCUCUAUCAUCUACCCAAAGAGAAAUGAGUAAGUGUUUUUUUCAUCCCGAUGAGUUGGUUGUUGGGGUUUGUGCAUUGUGCUUGAAUCAAAAGCUUUUAGUUUUAGCUUCAAAGCAAGGACAUAUUCAACAAAAAAUAGCAACUCAUAAACAGAAAAAGUCCGUGGCCUUGCCCAAGAUUUUUGCACUAAAUGGACAAGAAAUCAGACGCCACAAAUCCAAGGAAUAUUGUCUAAGUUCCUCCAGCAGUGGAGAAGAUUCCUUUAUAUCAAUCAAGUUUGAAGACAAUGGUGUUGCCUCUUGGGACAAGGGCACAACCAAGAAAAUCAAGAGUGUAGUGGAGCAAGCGAAGCCACAAAGAACGCUAAUGUGGCGGAGGCGGAUUGGCUACCUCUUCCAACUGAGCAGAUGGAGGAAGUCUAGUAAACACAAUGUGGGUACAAAGUUAGAAGGAGCAAAGGUUAGAUAUGGGUGGAUAAGGACCCUUGCAAAGAGGGAGACCAAAGAAUAAUGGGUUGGGACAGAAAGUGACAAGCCUGCCCAACACUACUAUGUAUAAAAUCUUAAAAAUGCUUUUGGUGUUAAAUCAUGGAGUGAAAGGUAGAGGAUGGGGUUAGUACAGGAAAAGAACAUGUAUUCCAGAACUAACUUAAAAAAAAAAAAAAAAAAGGAUAGAUGUGCCAUGAAAGUUGUCACACUAAUUCCGCUUGCAAUAAUUUGAUUAAUUCUCCUCAAAAACAUUUAGAUAACAUUUAGAUUACAUCAUGAUAAGGGACAAGCUCAUGCAGUGUUAGAGUAGAACACAAGUGUCAUCCCAUAAAUGAUGUACCGGACUAAGAGCACGUUCGGUAUACUGUGAUGGAUGAUUGCUUAGUACAGUAUAUAAGAUUUUAACUUAUUUUUCUUUCUUAA